ACAUUAGUAUCGAGCAAACGAGAUGGCUUUCGGAGACUAUCCAGCUGAGUAUAACCCAAAGGUGCAUGGACCUUACGAUCCAGCACGCUUUUACGGCAAGGCUGAUGUACCCUUCGGCCAAGUGAAAUUGGGUGAGCUGGGCGCCUGGUUUGGUCGCCGCAACAAGACUCCAAAUGCCAUGGCUGGCGCUGUGAGCCGUGCCUGGUGGCGCUGGCAGCACAAGUAUGUGUUCCCCAAGCGUGCUGGCAUUGCACCAUUUUUCCAAAUCACCGUCGCCAGCAUGACGUUCUUCUACUUGAUCAACUACACCAAGUUGAAGCACCACAGGAACUACAAGUACCACUAAUCGUUGGAGCUCCUUUUUAGUGUACACACACAAACACAACCAAUUGUUAUGACAACUUUCAAGCCAUUCGGUAAAAACGGGGAGGGAGAGAGAGUUGAAAUAUCAAAACAUAAUAAUACUAAUAUUUUCUUGUUUUAAUAACGACCAUGUUUAAUAAAACGUCUGCGAAUAACUGUGCUGCACU